GACGUUAGUCUAUGACCAGCUGUUGUACCCUAAGGAGGUUCCAUUUUUGAUACUUAAGAUAACACCGAACGUGUGCCACCAAUUCAAGAUCUUGGCUAAAAGUUGCCGACGUACAAAGUUCAGUAGACCGUUGAUUGGGAUGGGAACUUUGUCUUUGAGUGACUUUAAAGAGGUGAGAAUAGCUGCACCUUGGGGUCACAUCUCCGGACGAUGGUAUGGUAAUCGAACCGAACGGCCGAUCCUCGCAAUCCACGGAUGGUUGGACAAUCUGGGAACCUUCGAUCGGUUGAUUCCCCUGCUCCCCGAUUAUAUAGGGGUGCUCUGCAUCGAUCUUCCCGGACAUGGAAGAUCAUCUCGGCUUCAGCCGGGGAUGCACUACGCCGUCGACGAUUACGUGCUGAUCAUUCCUAGAGUGAUGAAGGAGUACGGCUGGUCAAAAGUUUCCUUGAUGGGUCACUCCCUGGGUGGCAUCGUAAGCUUCAUUUACACCGCACUGGCGCCACAUACAGUGGAUAUGGUUAUCUCCUUGGACAUGUUACUUCCCUCGAGUUUGGCUCCCAAACAGGCACUGGCUUAUGUGAUCCACAGCAUGGAGAAACACCUUGUGGAAGAGGAUCGUCAGGUGGAGAGCAAUCUUCACGAGCCGCCAUCGUACACCCUUUCUGAGAUGACCAAAGUCGUCGCCAAAGGAAGCUUUAACUCUGUCACUCCCGAGUUUGCUAAGCACCUGCUGCACCGCCAGGUGUUAAGGUCACAGCUCUAUCCAGAUAAAUUUUUUUUCUCCAGGGAUGGUCGGGUUAAGUAUUACAACGUAACGCAAAUGGAACCUGGAUUCGCCGAGGAGAUGACGAAACGGAUCGGAAGAAAGCCCUACUUGGUCAUUAAAGCCUCAAUGUCUUCAUACAUUGGACCUAAAGUGGAAAAGCCGAUAGCCAUUUUACACAAAAUUAAUCCACACUUUGAGUUCUACGAGGUGGAGGGUACUCAUCACGUUCAUCUCCAAGCCGCCGAGGAGUGUGCCCGUUACAUAGUGCCCUUCAUCAGGCAUCAUCGACCUCCAACUCUGACUUCUUGGUCUUUAAGUGGAAAGGAACAGCAACUAAGUGCUGAGGAAAAGCGAGUGCAACAAGAAAAAUUCUUCGAAAGAAGCAAAAACAAACGCAGCAAACUGUAAAGAAACUGACUAAUAGAUCUUUAUUAGUUUAUUUUUAACUUUCACAUUAACAUGAAAAGUAUUUUAAAAUAUAAAUGACGAAUAACUUUA